UCAAAUUUUAAGCAUUAUCAAAUUCUUUCCAUGAAAAUGGCCCGCAAAUUAUCUACCAUAUCUAUCGCUAACUCGCUUGACGACAUUGAAUCUUGUACCAACUCGGAGUGUUUAACAUUUCGUGAUGAAAUGAUUAAACGCUUGACUGCUAUGGACGAAAAUCUCAAGAAAAACACGGACAAAUACGAUAGUCUUUGUACUAUUGUAAUGGAGUUACAACUAGAGUUGCACCCCGACCCCGUACCCCGAACCCCGACCCCCGUUCCCGAAAGAUUUUUCCAAAAUUUCCCCGACCCGAACCCCGCCCCGAAAAAAAUGAAAACCCCGUCCCCCGACCCGAAAAAGUUUCGGGGUUUUCGGGGUAUACACCCCUAAAAACGCCAUUUUUAAGGAGAAUUUAAAGAGAAAAAUUUUAGAAACUUCCUCCCAAUUUGCUUUGCCUUUAUUAUUUUUGUAAGAAAAGUGA